UCGGGCGCCGUUGGAUGUUUUUUUUCAAUGCUCAAGCGCGCCGUGUGUGGAUUGCCUAUAGCUGAAUCUAUAGCUCUCCGGUUUUCGUCGUGUUCUUCCAUCGUUUUACGUUUCUGCGUGUUUCUCCAUUCGUUCGAUCUGUCCGUCUUUUCGGUUCGGCUUUACACAAAAAUCCCCCUGUUACUCCCCCACUCCCAAAAAAAAAAAGUUAACUCGUGUGUUAUCAAAUAUGUUUACAAAAAACCUACAUAUGUUUAAUGAAUAAAACAAAAAAAAUAAUAAUAAUUUGAGUUGCAAAAAAAGUGCUGACGAUUUUAAAUAUCAUAUCCGAGAAGGAAACGAAGAAUUUUAAUACGUUCCGCCGCUUUCUGGUCUGCCAUAAAUUCGAGAGGAAAAAAGAAAAAAAGGAGCCAGACAAAGCCAGGGAAUUAUGAAAUUUUAAAGAAAUCCCCAAAAACCCAAGACCCAACAGCCACGAAAUAUGUUUAAUGCAUUAAAAUAAAGGAAACGUGUUUAAGGCGAGUGCAGGCACCAGGCGAACAAAAAGUUAUAUACACACGCGUAUAUAUACUUAUUUAAACAAGAUUUACAUUUAAAAUCCACCAAAUACACACGUACGUAUAUUUAAACUGUGGCGGCAACAGCAACAACACCGUGCUAAAGCGUUCACAAAAAGGUGAUAAUGAUUAUUUCCAAGGAUUUUUUCAUAUUUGGCGAACAAAUUUUUGCAACAAUCAUACCAGAAGGUGGAGCCGCAGCGCUAGCAACCCAGCAGCAACAUCAGCAGCAACAUCAGCAGCAGCAGCAACAACAGCCGGCAAUUAUAAAUUCAACAGCAACAGCAACAACGAACACGGCUACUUCGUUGUUAAUAAACUCGACGGCAUCGUCAACAACAGCAGGAGCAGCUGAACAAGUUGUAGAGGAGUCAUUAAAAGUAGCAGCAGCAACACCAUCAACAACACAAGCAGCAACACUACCAGCUAAACAGGAAACAGUUGCAGUUGCUGCCGCUUGUGUUGCUCCUCGCAAGUUGGCAAAAAUUCAAAAAAUUCCAAAGGAACCCGAGGAACUGAGAGCCAAGAAAAAGGCAAAGUGUGAAGCAGCAGCAGCAGCAGUAGCAGCAGCAACACCGGCGACUCAUUACGAAAAAAUGCCAAUGAAUUUGAUGAUCGUGGAAAGUGUUGAGACAGUCGAUAUGGGAUCAUCGGACAAUGACAACGAGGCAACGGAGCAGGUACCGUUGGUGAGUGCCAGCCGCCGCAAUCUGGCCAAAAUAGUUGCCGAUUGUCGCCUCCAAAUCGAAGUGGAGCCGGCAGCAUUGGCAGCAACCACUGCCCCACCAGCAACAUCGGAUGCAGCAACAGCAACAGCAGCAGCGGCAGCAAUAUCGAUGGCAGCCAGCGACUCUUCUGCAUCAUCAUCGUCAUCAUCGUCGUCAUCUUCCAGCUCAACAUCCUCAGAAUUUACGCACACAUCACAGACGACGAUACCAAGUUCGGAUAAUCUAACGUCAUCCAAUGGCCUGGCCAAUAUGGGCAAAAGCAUUUUAGUUGAUGCCAAAAGUAACUCACCGGCCUCAUUAUCUUAUCACUUCGAAAAGUCGCCGCUCGACACGCAAAAGCAUCAUCACAACAUCAAUAUAUGCAACAGCCACCACCCACAUCAGCAUCCGCCCUCCCAGAAUCAUUCGCAACAUAGUCUGCAGCUGACCUUUCAGAACCUGAACGUUUUGCACAAUGAGCGCCAAAUACUUUCCGAUGUGAGUGGAUUUGUCAGUCCCUGCGAGGUCCUGGCCAUCAUGGGUCCUUCGGGCAGCGGGAAGACCACUCUGCUCGACUGCCUCAGUGGCCAGCGGCACAUUGACAGCGGCAGCGUCUUCCUCAACCGCGAACCACUGACCAAGAAGUGGCGCCGAAGGAUCGGCUAUGUCCUGCAGGAGGAGAUCUUCUUUCCGCAACUGACGCUCCGUGAAACGGUGGUCUAUACGGCACUUCUGCGUCUGCCGGAAUCGAUGCCGCGGGCGGAAAAGAUGCGCCAGGUGGACCACAUCCUGGAGGCCCUUGAGCUGGGCUGUUGUCAGCAGACCAAGUUCGGCGACUACCUCAACCGAGGACUCUCCGGCGGCGAGAAGAAGCGGGCGAAUAUUGCCUGCGAACUGCUCACAAAUCCCCUGCUUAUGCUGCUGGAUGAACCCACCUCUGGACUGGACAGUCACUCGGCCAUCUCGCUGAUGAAGGUCCUCAAGCGGUACGCGCAGCUCGAGCAGAAGACCAUCGUGAUCAGCGUGCACCAGCCGUCGUCCCAGAUGUUCCACAUGUUCGACAAGCUGCUGCUGCUCCACCAGGGACGCACCGCCUACUUCGGGGACGUGCACAACAUAUACCGCCACUUCGAGGACAUCGGGGUCACCAUCAAGCCACACUACAAUCCCGCCGAUUUUGUCCUGGAGCAACUGAAGUCGCAUCCGGAUAUCCGUGAGAAGCUCUUUAUAGCCGCCAAGGAAUCGCACGGGAACUAUUUGAAUCGCAACUGCAUCACCAGCAGCCAUCAUCAGCACCAGGCCAGCGAUUCGGAGGCGAAGGGCAAGAAGCAGGUGGACAGCAUACUGAUCGACGAUAUUAUUAACAACUACUAUAACCACCAAUCCAACCGCCACCACCAUCAGUACGAGAACCUGCACCACACAACGAGUGGCUGUCGGGUGGAGGAGGAUGAGGAGGCGGCCCAGCAUCUGGUGUGGUGCGGUGCCGAUUCGCAGUCUAACUUCAGUUCGUGUGCCUCCAGCGAUUGCCAUUCGUACAGUGCCACUGGCAGUGGGCCAGGACACUCGGCAGACGACGACUGGCUGUCGUAUCCCACCAGCUUUCACACCCAGUUCUGCGUCCUCUCGAGCCGCAACUUCAAGGAGGCCAAGCCGCGCAUGCUCUCCAAGCUGAAUUGGUUCCAGACCAUUGGCCUGGCCCUGAUGGCCGGUGCCAUUUGGUUCCAGUUGCCGCGCACCGAGGAGUUCCUCCACGACCUCCAGGGCUGGAUGUUCUUCUCGCAGACCUACUGGAUGCUCUUCGCCCUCUUCGGGGCCCUCAAUUCAUUCCCCUCGGAGCGAGAGGUGGUGAGCAAGGAACGUCGCUCCGGAGCCUACAGACUGUCCGCCUAUUAUCUGGCCAAAAUGUGUGCCGAGCUGCCGCUGGUUAUCACCCUGCCCACGGUCUACCUCAUGAUUAGCUAUCCCAUGCUGGGAUGCACUAGCUUAAAGCUCUUCUUCCUUAUGCUCAUCUUCCUGCUGAUCAACACGGUGGUGGCCCAGAGCGUGGGCUUCUUCAUCGGAGCCUGCUGCAUGGACAUGAACGUGAGCAUCACCCUCAGUGCCCUUUACACGCUGGCCACUCAGCUAUUCGGCGGCUACCUGUCGUCCCGCAUUCCGGAGGGCCUCAGCUGGAUCCGAUACACCUCCAUGAUCCACUACGCCUACCAGAACAUGCAGAUUCUCGAGUUCCGCGAGGGUGCUGCUAUAGGUUGUGGAUCGCCCAGCAGCUACGAGAUUUGCAAACAGCAGUCAACCGAAUUCAUUCCAUACGAGGAAAUACUCAAAGCUCAAAACUCGACAUCACCGCUCUGGCUGAAUACGCUGAUUCUGAUGAUGUUCCUCCUGGUAUUCCGCUGCCUAGGCUAUGCGGUGUUGCGAUAUGUGCGAUGCCCCAAAAAGACGUGAUAUCCAUAGCUAUUUAUCUAUCUGAGCAGACAUCGAACCAGUGAUACGUAAUUAGUUAAUGCUAGACAUUGCUAGACCGCUACAACUGAACAAACUUGCUAAAUUGCGCCAAUUUUGUGAUUCAAUUUACUUUCAAGCCACACCAUUUAUGUUUAGCUAUUAUAUCUACAAUAAUCCUUAUACCUACUAUUGUAGCUUAGAUGUGAUUUGCGGUUGGGCAGUGCAAGAGAACUGUUGUAAACGUUAAUUUUUGUUUUGUUUUAUGCAUUUUAAUUGUUAGCCGUUUAUAUGUUAUUACUGCUAUUUUGCCCCUGAAACACGAGAAAGAAAGGAAUAGCCAACUAUAUGUUUUAAUGUACGUUUUAAAAGCCCCCAGAAAAUAUUUACUGCUCUAUGCCCCACAUCCAGCACCAUCCGCACACAUGUAUCUACAUUUAUUAUAUGUUUAAAAUGAAAAUGCUAGUAAUUUUUGUAGAAUAUUGCAAAUUUUUUUUCGCUUGGGAAAAAACACUGUGAUUUAGUAUGCUAUUUUUUUAAUUAGUUUUAAAUGAAGAGCAUAAGUUAUUUGUGCUUGAUAGGAAAAAGCCAAUUAUGUAAUUUAAAUGAGAAAAAUCACAAGCAUAAUGU